CGCACCAUGAUUCUCAAUAUGGCCUUUGGCGGGCGUACUCUUCAUAUGGACAUUGUGCGCCGAGACGAAGCCUGGCGAUGGAGAGGCGCCAUUUGCCACCGAAACUUAGCAGGAGUACAGCCAUCUAUGCGACACGGCUGGCACGGACCAUGGAUCGAUUACUACAUGUGUAACGCCUAUGGAUGCAAAGAAACAACUCCAGAAGAGUGCAACAUCGGCAUCAUGGGGUUCCUGUUAUCAUGUAAACAAGCCUACACCGAAGGAGUUGAUUUCCUAUACUCUACCAACACCAUCGACAUUCAGAGCACGCCUCUACUCCUCCAUCUCCCCCAAUUCAUUUUACCCAGACGACUUGCAUGCAUUAAAUCUCUGGAAAUUAUCAUUUGGGCACAAAGUACAGAGCCAGACAACGACAAAUCUGCCAUGACUGGAAACUAUCUGGAGUCUAUUCUCAACAACAUCGCUACGUACUGCCACCAACUCCGCAGUCUCUGCAUCAGCUUCAUGGCGACGGACGAGAACUAUAACAAAAAUUGACACUGCGCCAGCAUUACACCUCGUCGAUUCCUUUCAUCGCCCCACACACCUGCGCGACAUGAAAGUCCAAGUUCCUUAUAAAUGCUACUUCACAAUAGCCGCUGGCAGGUCCGUCGUGAAUCAUCCGCGUGAAGCACCGGCCAUCGGGAGGCUUCAGAGAUUGCUAUGGAGAUCAGUGGAUAGCGAGGAGCCUGUGCUGCAGGAUAGGUCGCUUGAGCGGUAUCCGUUUCCGCCGCUGAGGGUCCCGGUGCGGGGGGAUGGGAAUGAGGAUAGCGCUGGAUAUUGGCUUUUGCCGGGUGAUGAAGGACCUUAUAAGCCUGUUAGAUGGUCGGGGUGUCCAGGGUAGUUGUAUACUACGCUUUAAAAUAUGGGUUGGUAUUGUAAUGGAAUGUGUAGCUGGGUUUAGAUGAUGUAAUGCGUAUACUAGCAUUUAGCCAAGCAAGAAUAUUGUUUCUCGCUU